AUGCACUUCAACUCUCUCGUAGCGUUCACCGUCGCUGCAGCAGCCAUUUUUGCUGGCGCAGUUCCUGCACCGACCAACAAUGGCGGCAUCAUGUCCCUUGAAGAAAUGAAAGCCUGCUACGUCUUUGCCUCCUAUGUGAUAGAUGGCGAUGGGGUUGCUCGGCAAGCGGGCUUGAGAGAAACACGCAGGAUGAGACAAAAGUGGCUAUCCCAGUGCACAGGAUUGCUUACACGCACUGUGAAGGUGGCGAAUAACCCCGACGCUAAUGUGAGAUCCUCACUAAGCACUGGAACGAGCGAAUGA